AUGACCACUGACAUGCCACGCAUACGCCGAGAACUGAGUGCCGACGAUAAGCUCGAGGUUGUGAAGAUGCUGCAACGCACCUUCACCAAGGGCAAGCUGGCCCAUGGAGCCAUCUCGGCAACUGCAGCCCAACUAAACCUGCACCGCAGCACGGUCUCCUCGUUGUGGUCCUCCUUCAGCAGCAACGAGCCGACGUCGAACAAACCAGGCCGUGUGGGUCGCAAGCCAGUCUACACGGCUGAUGAGAUCACAGCUAUGGCGAACGCUGUACCCCACUCCCAGCGCUCGACAUUGCGCGACAUCUCGGAAGCAACUGGGUUGUCGCUUGGCACACUCAGCCGCAGCCUGAAGGUCGGCAUCAUCCAACGCCGCUCGUCACGCCUCAAGCCCCUGCUCACGGAUGCCAACAAGUUGGUCAGGGUUGCCAGCGGAGUUGGCAACCUAGCAGAAUGUCAAUUUGACGAUAUGUGGGACGUCGUGCACCUUGACGAGAAAUGGUUUAACGCGGACAAGGACCGUCGAAAAGUGUAUCUGUUGACGAACGGGUCUCUGAGCCGUCGCGCAUUCAAAAGCAAGCGAUUCAUACCCAAGGUCAUGUUCCUUGCUGCCGUCGCCCGCCCCCGUGUCGACGAUGACCGCGGCGUUCUGUUCAAUGGCAAGGUCGGCAUGUGGCCCUUCGUGAAGCAAGAACCGGCCACUCGCAACUCUCGGAAUCGCGCCACUGGAACUAUGGUCUCGACGUUAGUCAACGUCAACGCGGAUGUUUACUGUGACUUCGUUCUGCACAAGGUUGUUCCCGCUAUCAAGGCUAACUUUCCCAGUGCCUACAAAGGAAGUUCGUCGUUCGUUGUCAGCCGCCCAACAGCCCUGACCUGA